AUGAACGGCUCACAUGGGGCAAAGCCCCUGAACAGGGCGGACGAGGUCGAACAUCUCAUCGAUGCCGUCAAAGCUCUUCUUAUCCCCUUCAUCCGGGCAGCCGACGAGGCGGUGGAAUCCAGGGCUGCCGGGGAAUUGCUCCCGAACGCCCAGGGACUUGCCCAAAACGCGCUCGUCAACGCCCGAAAACCCGUGGAUCUGGCUCGAGAAUUGGCCCUGUGUCUGCCAGAAGGAGAAGGGCGUGGCGAACAGGGGUUGCUCGCUGCCAUCAAGGAUGUUCUCAAGUAUAGUGUCAACACGUGGGACCAAGGGUUCAUGGACAAGCUGUACGCCAGUACCAACCCAGUUGGCGUGGUUUCUGAGCUCCUACUCGGGGUCCUGAACACGAAUGUGCACGUCUACCAAGUCUCGCCUGCCCUGACAGUGAUCGAAAAACACACAGCCAAAUCGCUGGCCAAGCUCUUCGGCUUCACCGGGCCUCGUGCAGGAGGCAUCACCUGCCAAGGCGGGAGCUCAUCCAACCUGACCUCCAUCGUCAUCGCCCGCAACACACUUUACCCCGAGUCCAAGACCCAAGGCAAUAACUGUGCCUCAGGACCCUUUGUCCUCUUCACCAGCGUCCACGGCCACUACUCGGUCGAAAAAGCCGCCGUCACCUGCGGCCUCGGCUCCUCCUCCGUCUGGACGGUGCCCGUCGACGCCACAGGGCGAAUGGACCCGGCCGCGCUGCGCACCUCCAUCCAGCGCGCCCAAUCCCAAGGCAAGACCCCGCUGUACGUCAACGCGACCGCCGGCACCACGGUGCUUGGCUCGUACGACCCCUUCGAGGAGAUUGCCGCCAUCUGCGCCGAGUUCAACCUCUGGCUGCACAUCGACGCGAGCUGGGGCGGCCCGGCCGUCUUCUCGUCGACUCACCGCCACAAACUCGCCGGCUCGCACCUCGCCCACUCGCUGACGGUCAACCCGCACAAGAUGAUGAACGUGCCUGUCACCUGCUCGUUCCUCCUCGGUCCGGACAUGGCGGUCUUUCAUAGGGCGAAUACCCUCCCCGCCGGGUAUCUCUUCCAUUCCCCCGGCGAGACCUCACCCUCACCACCAGCAACAGCAAACGGAGCUGCCACCAGCCACCCGGACGGUGGAGACGCUACCGAUACCAACGUGCCGGAGGUAUGGGACAUGGCAGACCUCACCCUGCAAUGCGGCCGCCGCGCAGACAGUCUCAAGCUCGCGCUCAGCUGGAUCUACUACGGUGCGGCGGCCUUCGGAAGACAAGUCGAUGGGGCAUUUGCCGUUGCCGCGCACCUGGCCAAUCUAAUAUCCCAGCACGCGGACUUUGUGCUGGUCUCGGAGAACCCGCCGCCGUGUCUGCAGGUGUGCUUUUACUAUGCCCCUGGAGGGAAGGUGGCGGAGGAGAAGGAGGAGAAUACGCGGAGGACGAGGGCCAUGGUGGAGAGAUUGGUGGGGAGGGGGUAUAUGGUUGAUUACGCGCCGGGGGAGAGGGGGAGCUUUUUCAGGGUGGUUGUGAAUGCACUGACGUUGAGGGGGACGGUGGAGGGGUUGGUGAAGGCGCUGGAGAAGGUGGGGAGGGAGAUUGUUGGGUAG